UAUCUUCUAGCUAGCAUCUAUCUUCUGCAAAGAGUCUCUUUCAAAAUUUCUUGUAUGAAGAUGUGCGUUACUUCAAGCUCGUUUACAUUGUUCUUAAGGCCAAAAAGACCCCGGCCGAAAGGACCUUAAAGCUCAGGUGCGAUUUGGCAAACUUUAGCAAAGGCCAAAAGCAGAUGAUAUCUCCUGGUUUGACAAACAAUUUGAUUGGCCCUAAAUACGUAUCUGAGUGAACGUGUUCUCAACUAAACAUUAAUUAGCUAGCAAAGGUAACGUUCAAUACGCCUAUGUGGUCUGCUCAAAAUAUGGCCGACCACCACAUAUGCACAGUUCGUCUUUCAGUGGUUCACAGUACUUCACGAAUUUCAUUAGUAUAGUUGUAGGCAUACGUCUGUGUUCUAUUUUAUGUUAAAGUGACUCUGUGGUAUCGUUCGAACGAGCAGUAAUCAUCGUAUUUAUGACGCACCGUAUCACGGUUGCUGGCCCACACGAACCGUGUCUUUAAGUGUGCGUAGCUUUAUUGCUUUAGGCGGAAAGGUUGAAAAAAGCAAUCAUGGCAUUUUAUACGGCUGAAGAUCGAGAGGCGAUUGCGACCUCAGAAGUUUAUGGAAUUACUUACCUUGAAAGCAAAGCAUUUGAGAGCUUGCGGCAGUGCCAAGUUCCUACAGAGUUAAAUUUUAUGGACACCCACAUACUGCUAUACUGCAUUCGGAAGAUGGUUGAUCGGAACGCAAUAAUAGGACUAAUCCAUGUGUUGAGGGAUAUCGCUGCCUCUCGAAGCAAUUUUUUCCAAAGUUCCUUGUGUGAAAAUGCACAUUAUUUCGAGCUCAUCAACAUCGUCCUCUAUGUGAAAGAAAUUCCUGCUGAAGAAACUUUGGAGCUCAUGCACAACUUGGUAAGGUUUAAGGAAUGCCGAAAGCGGAUGAUAACUUCUGGUAUUUAUCAUGCCCUGGCAGACAUACCAGUUAACCAUAAAGAACAUCUUCCAAGAAGGGCCAUCAGGGCAGUCCUGUCCUUGCUGAAAGAGCUGUUCUGUAGUUUGCGUCCUGACGAGAACGACUACAAGAUAUUGGCAGAAGCAGAUAUAUUCUCACAUUUUGUAGAAUCAUUUAGAGAUGAGAUUAAAAUGCAGACUCGUUAUCUGCCUCAAUUCUGGGAGGGCAAAGUCGACAAGUUACCCACCCGAAGGUACCGCCUAGUCGUUAAUAUCGAGCAGCAAGGCCUGUUGGAAAGUUGGGCAGACUUAUUCACAGCAUUAAUCGCCGACGUUCAAAAACUGGAGAUUCACAGGCAUGAACACCAGUUUCUAUUUGCGUGGGAACUCAUCUUCCCAAUUGCCCUAAAGCUAAAUGGACCGUUAGUCCUGCAAAGGUUCCUGACACUGAUCAUACAAGGAGAUCGAGGUGUGCGAACGUGGUUUAUUAAUGCCGGGCUGAUUGAAAAUAUAUUUGAGCAAUAUCCAUUGAAGCCGGUUGCUGAAAAAGACGAUCCUUUAGAAAUUGUCCUGUACAUAAUUCACAGACUUCUGCAAAAGCUGUCUCCACAUCGAAUUAAUCAAAGCGCUCAAACUUACUUUGUCCUUACGCUUGAGUCAUUUGGCCUAAGGCGUGCUCUAAAAUGGGAUCAUCCUACAAAGCUAAAAAAAAUAUACGGGGAAAUUACCGCAAUGUUUGAACCGCUACUGGCUAAGGCUUAUGAACAAAGAGAGGGCAAUAUACGCAGGCCUAAGAUUAAAGGGUCGCGCCUGUUCGCGACAUAUGAAUUUGGAGAAAGUUUUUAAUAUACUUAAUUACAAUAUUGCAGUUAUUAUAGUGAAGAAUGAAUCGUUAAAUCGAAGUAAACCGGCGGAUUCUGACGACACCUAUUUGAUAGAAAGAAAAGCUCGUAUCGCUGCAACUUGUCAAAUAUUGCAUACCUAAACUUGUCAAAUAUUCAGAUAGAAGAAUUUUCUCGAAAUUGUGGAAUAUGAGACUUUAGCUAAAGAUGUUAAAUCUUAUUUUGUCAUAUCACUAAGAUGAUAAAAAGACGAGGCAAUGUUAUUGUUAUAUACCGUUCGUAAAGAUUUUUCAGAGAAUGCUCACUCUCAUGUUAAAACCUCUAGAAGGCAACUUCUAUAAACGAAGCCGUUUACUACCUUAGUAUUGUUAAUGGAGUAAGUUUUUAUAUGACUCGCGAUUUCAUUUUAAUAACGUGAUUUUAAUUUACUACUUAAACUUUCAUAGUCUUUCAAAUGCGAUAGUUUGUCUAUACGUAUAGCUGCAUGCGGUCAUGUAUCCAGAGUCGUAACAACGGGACGUUUGAAACUAUAGAACUAGAGUUCAAAUUUCGCAUGAACUCUUGUAGAGGCUCCCAUAGUGAACGCUGUUGAUGAAACAAUCCAUCUGUCAUAUACGCUUGUUUCCGCUUCAUAUGUAUACUCUAUAAAAAUGUUGUAAAAGUAACAUUUCGUUGUUAAAGAGCUAAUAUUGUCAAAAAUACGCAAUACUCUACGAUUGUACUUGUCGAAAAAAUGAAUCUUUCUAGAUCAAAUAAAUCCCAACUUAC